AUCCUCGCAAUUUUCACCCAAAAUCAAACGGUCCAAUUGGAUCCCCAAUUUCGGAUUUCGAUGCUUCUUAUAAAUACAAACAAUUUCUACCAAACUUUCUCCCUCGUCUUCUCCAAACACAAAGUUCCUCUAUCUGCAACCCCUCCUCCACCAUCCAAAUCACCAUUUUCUCAGGCCUCUGAUUCAAAUACAAAGAAAAAAUUGAAGUUACCUUUGGCUUCUUUGACCAAAUCUUUGCGAAAUACACAAUUUGAUCUUAUUCAGAGCGAGAAAAUGGUGAAUUUCAUGAUGGAUAAAUAUAUUGUUCCCAGUUUCGUUGUUUCUCUAUUGGGGUUCCUUCUUCUUUAUAUUUUGCGACCAAGAACCCCCAAUUAUAAGAAAAAGGAUCCUAAAUCUACCCAAAAAUGUGACACCCACAACGUAAUUUCUAGCAAAUUGGAGAAAGGGACCGAUGCGGAUGUUAUAAUUGUUGGAGCUGGGGUUGCUGGUGCUGCUCUUGCUCAUACCCUUGCCAAGGAAGGACGAAAUGUUCACGUCAUUGAAAGGGAUUUGACAGAGCCAGACCGGAUUGUUGGCGAAUUGCUACAGCCUGGGGGUUAUCUUAAAUUGAUUGAGUUGGGCAUUGAAGAUUGUGUUGAGGAUAUUGAUGCCCAACGGGUGGUUGGAUAUGCUCUUUUCAAGGAUGGAAAGAGCACAAACGUUUCCUAUCCCUUGAAAAAUUUCCAUUCGGAUGUGGCUGGGAGAAGCUUCCACAAUGGGCGUUUCAUACAAAAGAUGAGAGAAAAAGCAGCUACUCUUCCCAAUGUACGAUUGGAACAAGGCACCGUAACAUCCCUGAUUGAAGAAAAUGGAUCCAUUAAGGGUGUUCAGUACAAAACGAAGGCUGGUCAAGAACUUAAAGCACAUGCUCCUCUUACAGUAGUUUGUGAUGGGUGCUUCUCAAACUUGCGACGCUCACUUUGCGACCCUAAGGUUGAAGUUCCCUCUUGCUUUGUUGGUCUGGUAUUGGAAUUGGAGAAUGAUCGACUUCCAUACCCAAACCAUGGGCAUGUUAUUCUGGCAGAUCCUUCUCCCAUCUUAUUUUAUCCUAUCAGUAGCACGGAAAUUCGCUGCUUGGUCGAUGUACCUGGUCAAAAGCUUCCUUCUCUUGCUAAUGGUGAUAUGGCAAAUUAUUUGAAAACUAUGGUGGCUCCCCAGGUACCACCUGAGCUACGUGAUGCGUUUCUAUCUGCAAUUGAUAAGGGGCAUAUUAAAACUAUGCCAAACAGGAGCAUGCCAGCUGCUCCCUAUCCUACACCUGGAGCUCUGUUGCUAGGCGAUUCUUUCAACAUGCGCCAUCCUUUAACUGGCGGGGGAAUGACUGUUGCGCUUUCAGACAUUGCAGUGUUAAGGAGUCUUCUUAUGCCAUUGCAAGACCUGAAUGAUGCAGAUGAGUUGUGUAAAUAUCUGGAGUCCUUUUAUACUUUGCGCAAGCCAGUGGCUUCCACCAUAAAUACUUUGGCUGGAGCUCUGUAUAAGGUGUUCUGUGCUUCUCCUGAUCAAGCGAGGAGGGAGAUGCGAGAUGCAUGUUUUGACUAUUUGAGCCUUGGAGGAACUUGUUCGACUGGACCUGUAGCUCUACUCUCUGGUCUUAAUCCUAAUCCAAUGAGCUUGGUACUCCAUUUCUUUGCAGUGGCCGUUUAUGGAGUUGGUCGUUUACUUGUACCUUUUCCUUCUCCAAAGAAGUUGUGGAUCGGAGCUAGAUUAAUCUCGUCUGCAUCAGGCAUCAUAUUUCCUAUCAUAAAGGCAGAAGGGAUCCGGCAAAUGUUCUUCCCAACAACAAUACCAGCGUAUCACAGAGCUCCUCCCGUGAAGACAGAGUCAGAUUAAGCAGAAAAUUUGUUGAAGUUUUGUUCCAUGAAUAGCAUCAACAGUUUUGCAGUUCCUUUCUUGAAGCACGAAAUGUAAGUUCCACUCUCCCCCUCACCCCAAACUCUACAAAAAAAAAGAAUGACGACUAAACCUUAUUGUAGUCAUAUUAUACCAAAAGGAACUUCAAGUACGUAUUCGUUGAAAUCUAGUCAGACUCCCUACUCUGUAAAAAUGUAUAUUGUGGCUCUGACUUUAUAUCUUAGAUAGUACAAUUUGUACGUCGUUUGUAGCUCUGAGAUAGACAUCAAUGGUAAGGUUUCUGUAUUGUACAUCACAUUUAUGUAUUUAUCAGUUUGUUAUAAAGGUCUGCCUUUUGGUUUUCAA